AUGUCACUACUUCUGUAUAUACAUAUGUCUCUUGUUAUAUUUAUUUUCCUUCUGAUUUUCUUUUACCUCUCUCUCUCUCACUCACUCUCCUCAGUUACGCACACUCACUCUAUUUUAGCUUUCUUUCACAUUUCUUCUUAUACUUUCUUUAUCUACUUUUUCGUUAACCUUUCUUCCCUCCUCUCUCUCCCUUUCCCCAACUGUCUUUCUCUUUCUCUCUCCAUACUCACCCUCAAAACUUGUCUUUCCCAUCUAUUUUUUGUCGUCUUAUUUUUUUGUUGCUUCUCUUUUCUCUUUUUUGUUUACACUCUCAUUAUUUUUCUUUCCUUUCUUCCAUUCCUUUUAUUCUUUACUAUUAUUACUAAUUUCACACUUCUUUUUAUUCUUUUUCUUUCAUCCUCUCUCAGUAACUUCCCUUCUCUCUCAAUAACUUCCCUUUUCGUUUCUCUUGUCUUUCUGCUUCUACCUUACUUCCUUCAUCCAUCUCUCUUCCUUUCUCUUCUUUCUGUUUAUUUUUUCCAUCUAUUUAUUUAUUGUUUUUUUUUUUUUGUUUGUUUGUUUGUUUGUCACAGACAUCACCCCAAGAAUAUUCUUUUCCUUCUGCCAAUAGUUGGAGAUGCUACCUCUUAUUGUGAUGCCCUUGCACGCAUCGUGUCACUCACAGCUGAAACCUCAAUUGUCCCCUCCUUCUCAACUAUCUAUUAG